AUGGUCCAGAGCAAUGCAGGAAAUGCCGGGGGAAGCUCCAGUCGGGAGUUCGGUAUCACAUUUGAGAUUGAGCCCCCAACUGCUGUUCGUCCUGGCACGCCCUUUACCCUGCCAGUAGUUGUGGCAGUCAGGCCUGCGGGCAAUCCUGGCAACCAAGCAGUCCAGCACAUGGUUGCGCAUGCAUCGCUCAGGAGCGAGACAGGGGCCGUUGCAGCUACCGGACUGACGGGGACUCUAACUUCCAGUGUGCGCAGUCGAAAUGGGAACACUACAAGCGGAUUUGCCAAGUUCAGCCCUCUUAGCAUUGCGCGGCCGGGUCGGUACCGAAUUCGAGUGAUCCUUGGUGCUGCCUCACACAGCGGAGUCACCACCAAGGAGUAUGUCGACUCCGGGGUCAUUCAUGUCCAUGCAGGAGCAGAAGCUGUGCAGCAUCCAACUCCUUUGCAGAUAUCUAAGCUCCAGUCUCUGACGGCGGAAAACAUCGACAUCACACCGGCCGACAUUGCAGCGUGGCAGAGAGCGGCAUGA